AUGGCGACCAAGACACGCGAAAUGGCGGACUCCAUGCACUAUGAGUCACGACAACUUCGGGACGCACUCGCUGCAAGUAACGCGCGGCUCAAGUCCGCGCGGUCCGGGCGGGUGCCCGCGGACCUGCAGCCACAAGUCGGCGCUAUGAUGCUCCAAGAGUGGGAGGGACUCUCGGGCACCGGUCACCUCGACCAGGGUGACACGAUGGCUAGCGGCAACCCGCUGUACGAGCAGAUGCGCUCCGCACUGCUCGCGUUUGAGCGGGAGGCGGGGACACUGCGCGACGCGGAGCAGCGGGACAUGCGGAUCACCGCGGCCUACAAGUGGUUCUCCAGACACAAACCGCAGGGUCCCGAGGCCGACCCCAUCACCGCUGCCGUACUGGCGUCAUCACUCGCAGUGGAGGCGAAUGCGGCACCGCCGCAGCCCGACAUGCUCCCCCCCGGGACACCUGCACUCGCACAUCAACAUCAACAACUAGGGGGAGCAGCACAGCCGCCGACGCCGACGCAAUGUCACAAUGUCGGACUCGCGGGGCCGACGACAGCGGGAAACGGACUAGCGAACGCGGCGGCAAUGCCCGGGCCGUACGGCAAGCAUUACUUUUUCGACGUGUAUUCUCGGGCGUCAGUCGCCGCCAGCGGUGGAAGCGCUCCCGGCACGUCGGCGGGAAAGCCGGCACCCAGCGGCGGCGGAGGCGGCGGCGGCGCCGGGUCAGGGGUUUUGCGGCCGGCAUCGGCCCGUGGUCCCAGUCCUGGGUCCCGAAGCGCAGGUCGUACAGAGGAGCCGCCGUCGCUAUCCGUAGACCACCCGCUGGGGAUGUACCCGGCCGUUGGAACAGCGGCGGCGGUGCGGAGCAGCGGCGGCGCCACGGCGGCGGCGGCGACUGUGAAAGCGGCUGGGGGUAGUGCCGCCGCAGCCGGCGGCGGCGGCGGCCCGGGACGCGCACGAUUUGCCUCGACGGAAAUGUAUGCACCGGCUAAGCUUGUACGGCCGCAAGAGUUGGACGAGCUGGAUCAUCGGGCCGUGCAAGUCGCGGCGGCGGCGGCCGCAGCGACUGAAGAGGAGGAGGUGCGGUCCUUACGGAACAAAUGGUCGGCCAUGGAGUCGAAGACAAAUAAAUCGGUGGCGGAUGUACAGACCAAGGUGGCGGAAUGGACAUUACAACGGGCCCGGCUUGAGGAGGAGAUUGUACGGCGGCAAGAAGCCGGUCGCAUAGCCCCGCUGAACGGCAACCUGGGGAGCCGGGGGAGCCCGGGGGGCGCGGCGGCGCCGCCAUGGCAGGUCAACGCGCUCCGUCGCUCGGAGUACGACGACGGCCCGCUAGGCCCCGGCAGCCUCUCCCCCUACGCCAACGCCAAUGCGGACCUUGCCGCCGCCACCGCCGCCGCCGCCACGUCAGGGCCAGGUGCCAUGUCCUUCAUGGGCCCUACGGGGGGCGGGCUCCACAGCGCCGCCGCCGCCUCGCUCGGGGCCAGCAUGCGCCAGCGUCACGCUGACGUGGCCAGGUACGACACGGGGAGAUCCGAGCUGUUGCAUCGGUUGAUCAGCCUGGGUGUAGCGGUCAAAGGUGACGCGUUGGACCGGGCGUUGCGACCGUUGGAGGACCGGCCCUUCCUGGACUGCAUUGCGCGACUUCCGAAGCCGGGCGAUCACCUGCCGAGCCGUCCCGGUUCCGUACGUUUGCCGGCGGCGAAGAAAAAGAGGAGCAAGAGCGCGGGGAGGAAACGGCCCACAAGCGGGACACGGUAG